AUGAUCACACAAAAAUUAUUAAACACAUUGAAAAAUAGCAGCAGACAAUCAUUGAGUAUACGUUUGUCAAAAUCAACCUUUGUUUUACCAACAGCAAUCACAUUCAAUAACAAUAGUAUAUCUAAUUUUAGUGCCACUACUGAUAGUAAUAUCAAUAUCAACAUAAAACAAAAGCAAUAUCAACAGUUUAAGAAAUUUAAUAGUUGUGGUAAUAGUAGUAACACAUCCAUUGGAUUAGGUCACACAUUAUUAUUUAAUAAUAGUAGUUGUAGAAGAAAUAUGAUAUCAAAUAUGUCAACCUCCACCUCAAAUAGUAGCAGUGGAAGUAACAGCAGCAGUGAAAAUAAUAUGGAAGUUAACGGAAAGAAUCAAGACGGUGGAGGUGAAGUAGUCGAUCCAAAUAGAAUCAAUGCAAACAAAUCAUUUUUAUAUAGAUAUCUAAAUAAUACAUAUGAACACCAUCCAACAUGGAGUAAGAAAUGGAUCAUCGAGAAGAGUUAUCAAAUGGUAGUGUUCGCUAUCACUGGUUCCUCGGCUUUGCACGUCGUUCGUUAUCUCCUAAAGAAUCUUUGGCACGUAGAGGGCACUGUUUUCGGUGGACCAUGGCAAUUCACUGCAGCGUACUUUAUUACGAUGUUCACUUGCUACCCAUUCGUACUGUUGUUCUGGGGAACUUUGUUUGGUCGUCAUCAAUUCUUCAAGAAGUUCUUCUUGCGAAUGACAAUUGGUUUUCCUCAGAGAAUAAUGAAAUUGUUACAAAAGAAUAAAAAACAAAGUAUAUAUAUAAAUGUGCAAAAAGCAGUGUUUACAAAUAGCAUAAUUUAUAUAGUUACAUAUUAUUGGACUCUUCGAGAUACAGAAAAUCUUGAUUAUAUAGAGUUUUGGGUGUCAAACUCGAAAUCUUUUAUAAAAUCAUUUCUUCAACCACUUAAUUAUCAUCCAAUUGGCGUAAAGCGUACACUCCAACGUGUCAAAUACUUGGUUGUCAACUCACCAGAUCUCAAUCGGUUCAACGUCAUCGAUGGACAGUAUCUCAACACUCUUUCAUUUGUGGUGACCACCUCCAUCUCGUCGGAGGACAACCAGUUCCAUUCGUUGCGCCAGAGUCACAAUGGUGAUUUCAUAAAGACCAUAGCGUUCAACUGUACUGACGCUGAACAUUACUAUGACAUUGCAGUACGUGGUGGUGCCGUUCCAGUUGUCAAACCGACGUCACCAUUUUCAGGCUUCAAAACCGCUACUAUCCAGUCGCCAUUCCAAGACGUCGACCAUGUUUUUAUCCAAAGAAGACCGGCGGCACCUAAGGACACUUUAAUUGGAAGUAUUCUUAGUUUGUAUCCAGACUUUGAUCCAUUGGAUGCAACUCAAUUCAAACAUUAUAGCAAACCAAGUUUUCCUCUCAGUAUUCAUAUGGAUCAUGUUGCAACUUGUGUCAAGAAUGGUCAGCUGGAGAAAUGCAUAGAUUGGUACAGUCGUUGUAUGGGAUUUAACUUGUUGGAGGUCGAGGCUGGUAAGAACAAAAAAGAAGACUCUCGAGUUGCGCAACUCAUUGACGAGCACUCAAGAUCAAAGCAACACAAAGUCGUAGAAUCACAAAACUAUUUUAACAUCAAAGUCGAAGAGGAUAUCGGUCUUAAAAUGGUUGUACUAUCAAACCAACCAGUUUCCAGCGUAAAUCUAACAACUCCACCCAUUAUGUGGGUAAUAAGUGAAGCUGCAGUUGAUGGAAAAGGUCAAGUUGAACAAUUUGUAAAAUUCAAUGGAGGAUCCGGUAUUCAACAUUUGGCUUUCUAUACAGACAAUAUAUUUGAAGCAGUGGACUAUGCAAGAAGACAUCUUUUAGAGUUUAUAGAGGCACCUGAUUAUUACUAUCAAAAUCUUUCAAAGAGAGAGGAAUUGGAUACGGUACUUCCACUUCUCUCGAAAGAAACCAUCAAUGAUCUCUACGAAUACAAAGUCUUGAUAGAUUCUGAUUAUUCAACUACAAAAGAAAAGAAUGAUCAUUAUAUAUUACAAUCAAUAUGUGAUACUCCAACAUUCUUUUUUGAAAUGAUUAAACGUUCGGGAGCCGUUGGAUUUGGUAAAGGCAAUAUUAAAGCAUUAUUUGAAGCUGUAGAAAUGACACAAAAAAAAGAAAAUAGUUUAGUAAGAAGUACGGCAUAG